AUGGAAGAAACUUUCGGGACGUUCAAUAGUCAACCAAUAGAUGAAAAAUUACUUGUACAGGAAUUAAAAAAACCUCACCCUUUAGAUGGACUUAUCAAAUUAAUCAGAGUACUAUGUGAAAUUGUAAUGAAUUACGCAUUCUCUGAUAUGACAGAAAUAUGGUCUUGUAUUAGUGAAUUACUUUCACCUGAUAAACCCGUUGAAGCAAGGACAGUUGCAUUUCAAUUCAUGAUCUCUUGCAUUAAAGGUCAACAUGUUGACAAUUUGGGUUUUUUGAGAGUAAUAUUUUAUGAUUGUAUAAAAUCUCAUAAUAUUCCUGAAGAUUUUGAGAUUAAAUUAUUAGCGUUAAGACAACUCUGUAACGAUGGUAGAGACAUUUCAUCUUUCGAAAAAAAUUUAGUGAAAUUACUCUCUAAAUGGGUCAACGAAACAGUACAAAAUCUUGAAGAUAAUAAUAUAGAAGAAACUUCACAAGAAGCAAAUAAUAUUCCAAUAUCAUCCCCAUCAAUACCUAACAUUGAAUCCAUAUUAGAAAUUAUAAAAUUAGAUUUUAGAUCUCAAUCCAAUUUUCCAUCAAGGUUACAAUCUGUAGUUAGUCUUUUGAAUAAUGUAGUAAAAUUUAAUUUUGCACAAUUUGAAGAAAAUGAUAUUAUUAAACUUAUUGAAGAUAUUUCAAUAGCUUGUAAAAAAUCAAAAAAUGUUUCAGAUAUAAUAUGUUGUCUUGACUUUUGGGAUAUUGUAUUACGUUUUGGUUAUGUACCAACAAAUUCUUUAAAGUCAUAUAUAGAAGUUCUGGUACUUUGUUAUAAGAUUAAUCCGAUUAAUCAAGAUGAUAAAGUUUCACAAACCAGUUGGCGCAUAAUUCAUAAUCUUUUAAAGAGUCAUUGUGCGUAUAGUACUAUCAAAAUUUUAUGUAAUAAUUUAGAGAAUUCUGAAGUUGUUACUUCAGAAAUAACGACAAUUUUACAAGGAUCUGCUAUGAUUUUGGGAUGUGCAAUAUGGGGAAACGAGAGGAUUGAUUCUCUAUCACAUACUUAUUAUAUUGUUCUUUCUGCAAUGAAUAAAGCAACCAAGAACUAUAAAGAUAUUAAAGUUCAUUUAGAGAUUUUGACAAAAAUUAAUGAUCUCGUUACAAAUUAUAUAAAAAAAAUUACAUCUUUAGAAUGGGAAAUAAUAUUAGAUAUUUUAGAUAAUACUCGUUAUCAUUUAAUAGAGAAUAAAGACAUUUAUGGAUUAGAUAAGAAAAUAUUGGAUGAUUUGGUAGAGAUAAAUUUAGAUUUAACUGAUUUAACUGAAGUUUCAGAAUUUAUUAUCUCUUAUCGAAAACUGAUAUUCCAAAUUCAAUCAUUUCACAUUUCUUCUUCAUUUGAAGGUCCUGAUUCACGUUUCAUUGAUCUUAUUCAAAAACUUAGAGAUUAUGUUUCAGAAAAUACUAUUAUUAUGCUUCUUGACUAUUAUGAUUCUGAGAAUGCAUUAUAUCCUUCUUCCCCAGAUUGGCUUGUAAUGUUAGUAGAUGUAGUUAACACAUUCUUUAUCAAGAAAUCAACUUUCAAAAUUCGUCGAAGAGUUUUAAAAAUGGCAAUCGACGUUUAUGAAAUUACGAAAGAUAUUUAUUUAGAUCAAUUAAUUGAAGCUGUCAUCUUGCCAAUGCUUACAAAGUUACCGGAAGAAAAUGAUAAAGAUAUAUUAACCUACUUAAUGGAUUUUUUGAUUACUGCACUUAAGGAAGCACCAAUGCGAUGGUUUUCUACUUUAUUUAAAAUCCUUACACAAUGUUGCAAAUGCAUUUGUGUUUUUGAUCAACAAAACUCACCUUCCCAUUCAGAAAUAUGCAAAUAUGUUAUUUCCACUGUAGGUCUUAUAACUAUAUUUCAGCAUCUUUUAUACAAAUCAGAUUCUUCAGAGCAAGGCACUGAGGUUUACAUGGAAAUCAUAAAAAUUCUUGGAGAUAUUUCAGCUCCCGUGGUUUGUCGUCUUUCAUUGUUGCAAUUUAUGGUUAGAAUGAGAGCCGAUAAUGAUCACCGAAUAUAUUUCGUCAAGGAAAUUGAGAAAAUUGAGCGAAAGGGUAGUUUGAAAGAGACUUACGAACUUCUAUGGCAAAUACCUGAAAAUUUACAGUUUGAAAUAUUUGCUCUUCGUCCAAGUCCUUAUAUCCUUAGUUACGGAUCUUCCCAAUUAGAUUGUGACGAACCUAAUAAAUGUGAAAAUUCGAUUAUUAACUCAUACACUGAGAAUCCUCAAAAGUUCACCGUGUUACCAUUAGCCGAAUAUUCGAAAUGUCUCACUGAUAUUCUCACGAAUGAAAAAGAUUGGGAGAUAUAUUCCUAUGUACUUUAUCAUAUUCCAUCCCAAUUAAGUAAACAACAUUUAUUUUGUGCCACAUCUAAACAAAUCCUGGAUUUGAGAAUGUUCUUAUGUCUUUGGAUCAAGAAUAAUCGAUUGGCGGAAGGCGUUCAGCUUCCAUCUAAUAUAAAGAAAGUUGAUAUAUAUGUGGUAGCUUACCAAACAUUAACUGUUCUUAUCAGCUAUCAUAAUCUAUUCAAUAAAACCCAAGGAGACGAACUUGUAAUGACUUUCCUUGCCGGUUUACAAAAAUGGACACAUAGUGCAAAAACAUGUGUGCAUGCUCUCUAUAUUUGUUUAUUUGAGCUGCCACUUUCAGCGACAAAGAUGCUUCCGGAUAUAAUUAAUUAUUUAUCAAAAAUAAUUACAUCUGCCACAAUGAGUGUUCAUAUUUUAGAAUUCCUUUCCGGAUUAGCUAGACUUCCUGAUUUGUAUGUUAAUUUCACAGAGGCCGAUUUUAAACGUGUAUUUGGUAUUGCGAUGCAAUAUAUCCAAUAUAGUCAUGCAGAAAAGAAAUCGUCAAGUUCUAGUGGGAAUGCUGCUCAAAGUACAGAUGCUUUGUUCCAAUAUGAAAGGAUGAUGGCAUAUCAUGUUAUAUAUAUUUGGUUUAUGUCCCUUCGACUCUCGGAUCGUCCAAAAUAUGUUCCUUUCAUUAUUCAUGGUCUCCUGGUUGCGAAUGAUUGUGCACAACAAGUUGAUGAACAAACCGAGACGUGCUUUGACAUGUUGGCACGUUUUUCGUUUUCAAACUGUGUGCUCAAAUCGGAACAAUCAUUUAUCAAUCAAGUUUUAUUGGAACACGGGAAUAAUAAAGCUAAAUCUCGUACCUGGAUUCAAGGGAAUGCAUUAUUGACGAUACGAACAAUGAAAUCACUUGGAUGGGCAGAAAUUAUAAUCCGUCGACCUUCUGGAAAGGCUUCAUUUUUAUGUAAGCUUGAAAGUCAUAUUAAGUUGGAAGAUGUUGAUCCAGUGACACUUUCUGCAACCUUGAUGACACAUUAUAAUCCUGAUUCAUAUAACGUUAUAUCACUCCCUGAAACUGUCGAAAAUUUAAUUUCUCAACAUUCAGAAACCUCAGAUGUAGUUAGAGAAUCCCCAAGAAACAACAUAGGUAAUUUAAAAACAAAUAACGAAGAUUUAAAAAAUAAUGAUAAAUACACUGGCAAAUCUACUGCCAUUAAAUCGAAUGAAAAUAAUGAAAAUAAUGAAAAUCAAAAUGGUAAUGAACCAUCUGUUCAAAAAUUGUCAACUCGUCAACAACAAGUUUUGGAGGAUAUUUUUACCCCUAAUCUAUUAAAUGAAAAAGCCAAUAUACAUCGUAAAGACGAACCACAUGUCGAUCCAAGUUUUUUGUUCCUUCAAUUUGCUCCAUAUCCUUAUCUCUUAUCAAGGGAAGUUCCCAUACCAUUACCAGAUGACGGUAGUACGACUCGUGCACUCUCAAUGUUGGAUUUUGCUCAAGUUGUCGACUUUCACAAAAUUGGCGUAUUAUAUGUUGGGAAGGAUCAAACUACUGAGAUCGAAAUUUUGUCAAAUAUUCAUGGUUCACAAGAUUACAUUGAUUUCUUGAAUAAAUUAGGAAGCUUAGUACGAUUAAAAGAUUGUAAACGUAUAUAUACUGGAGGUCUUGAUACACAAUUAGAUUCAGAUGGAGAAUAUGCUUAUUAUUGGGAGGAUGAUAUUACUCAAGUUAUAUUUCAUUGUGCUACUUUAAUGCCAACAAAUUUAAAUAAUGAUCCACAUUGUAGUUUAAAAAAACGUCACAUAGGAAAUGAUUUCGUUACAAUUGUUUUUAAUGAAUCUGGACACAAUUAUAAGUUUGAUACGAUACCAAGUCAUUUCAAUUAUAUCAAUAUUGUAAUUUCUCCACAUUCUCAAAGACACCUCUCACAACCUCUUAAUUCACCCACAAACAAUACUUACACUUUCUAUAAAGUUACUAUGCAACGUCGUACCGAUAUGCCAGAAAUUGGACCCAUUACGGAAUUUAAAAUGAUAUCGGCCUCAGCUUUAUCAGCAUUUGUUUUAGCAAUAGCAUUACAUGCAAAUAUAUUUUCACAAGUAUUUCUACAAAGUGGCGGAUCAAAAAAAGUUGAAUAUGUAACAAAUUGGAGAGAUCGUCUAAGGCAGAUCAAGAGAUUAAAAGAACGAUUCAAAUCGACAAAUAAUUCGAAUACCAAUUCUGGAAAUGUUGGUAAUGAAAAACAACAGACAAUAACAAUUAAUACAGGCGAAAAUCAAUUGGAAUCUAAUACGAUAUUAAGUUUGGAGCCUGUUCUUGAUUUUACCAGAUACACUUGA